AUGACCAAAACCGUACUAGUUAUUGGAGGAACAGGUGCCCAAGGGGUCCCUGUCGUCAAGGCUUUGGCCACUGGAUCCAAAUACAACAUCCGGGUCCUAACACGAAGCGCAUCUUCCCAAGACGCCGCAGCUCUAGCAAGCCUACCAGGCGUAACAAUUUUCGAAGGAAACGCGUACGACGAAAACACCCUCCGCAAAGCAUUCAAAGACAUAACCCACGUAUUUGCGAACACCAACGGCUUCGCCAUCGGCGAAAAGGCAGAGAUAUACUGGGGCAUCCGACUCUACGAGCUAUCGCGAGAGUUCCAAGUCGAGCAUUUCCUCUAUGCAGGCCUGGAGUACAGCUCUAAGCUAGGUAACUUUAAUUCCAAGUACAGAUGCGGUCAUCUGGAUGGAAAGGGCAAGGUAGUCGAUUUCAUCUCCGCGCAGCCAACAUCGCCGAUGGCGUGGUCUGUCUUAACGUCUUGCAUGUAUAUGGAGACAUUAGUAGAAUUUCUGCGCCCGUUCCCUGAUCCGCAAGAUCCAGGGACGAUGGUUUUUACAGCGCCUCUUGGAGAGGGAAAAUGUCCUCUUAUCUACCUGGAGGACUAUGGGGCUUAUGCGAGAUGGAUGCUCGACAAUCCCGCAUCGAGUAAUGGGAUUGAGUUACAUGUUGCAACUGAGGAUAUCAGCUGGAAGGAUCUCGCAUCGACUUUUUCAACAGUUACUGGCCAAAGGGCCGUUUAUAGGGACGUGACUUUGGACGAAUAUUUCAAGCUUGGGAUCCUUGAUCCGAAUAAGAUUGUUGGCCAUUCGACUGAUCCCAAUGAUUCGACCUUGCUCACUUACCGAGAGAAUUUUUCGGGGUUCUGGAACACGUGGAAAGAUAAUCUGACGAAGAGAGACUAUCAACUGUUGGAUACUAUUCUGCCGACAAGAGUGAAAUCUGUGAAAGAGUGGAUGGAAAAGACACAUUACACCGGGAAGGCCAUGCCGGUACUGAAGGAUUACCGCGACAGGGCUGCAAAGAAGUAG